UGUGUUCAUUGCACGUGCGUUCGCGAUCUCCUGUUAUCUUUGGACGUAUCAGAGAUGAAAUCAACUCUUCUGUUUACGAUUAAUUGUUAAAAAGGAAUUAACGGAAUUCCGAUUUUUGUCAGUACUGGGAACAUAGUUUGAAAAAUUGUUUUGAAACUCCCGCCUUGACAAGUUGUAAUAGCCUAGCAGACGACGUUGCAAGUCAGAGGAGCAGACGACCGUUUACAUCCGGUUAAUUUCUUAGUUUAGUUUGUCGUCAAAGUAUAUGACGUGCUUCUUUUAGGUUCACAAUUUUGUUUGCAUGUUGACAGGACUGCACAAGAGGCACACCAAGAAAUGGAUAUCAAAACAUACAUGUCGUGUAAGAAACCUAGAAGAUCAAUACGCCUUGAAGGAAAAGUUCAAGAACAUAUGAAAGAAUCAGCCAUAAAACAGAGCCCUCUUGGAAUUUUCGACAUAUUGCCUCUUGAGUUGAAAUUCUACAUACUGAAGUUUUGCUCAGUUAUUGAUUUGAGUCUUAUGACAAUUACAUCAAAAGCGAUGAGGAAUUUGAUUGAAGGAUACAGAGUAACAAGGCCUUUGAGUCGUCACUUCUUGGAAUUGCCAGAUCCUCAUGUCAUACUGCCAUUGAGUGAACAAGCAGAGUAUUUAAAAACUACCAAAGAUUGCCUGCUUAUGAAGAGGUCCUCAUGCUUGUACGCAACAAAGGAAAGGCUGAAAUUUGUCAAUGAUUUCCUGACAAGGAUGAUGUGCUCCAACUCCAAACACUGUACUGAUGCAAUAAGUUGUGUGGCUUUAUGCAGCUUUGGGCAUUUCUUCCAUACUGUGAUAGCUGGUUGGGAUGACAGUGAAUGCCAGAAAGCAUAUGAUGUUGUCUGUCAACAUUCAUGUAUACUCAAGACACUGAAAUAUGUAGUGUCUGGAAAUCCAGGUUACAGUCUGGAACAAGAAAUGAAGUGUCGUGUCUUCCUCAGGCGAGUGUUUCUAGAUGCAUGUCCAACAACGCAAGACAAGGCAUUCUGGCUGAGCAGAAUUCUCAAGCCUUGGCCCAUGGUCCACCAGGCAAAGAUCCUUUAUAUACUUUAUGGGGCAGAGACAGAGGUGCAGUAUAACUUUAUGAACAUCAUCAGCAAGUUUGGAGAAAUUGCAAACAUUGUUCAGAUGCUCCACUGGUCAGAAGAUGACAUCAUCAGUGUUCUGGAUGAACUUACAAGUUACCCUGAUGAAUGGUUAGCAGAGAAUGUGGCUCAUCUUUUACUCAUGUGUGGAGAUCAGAUAACAUCCAAACUCCUCAUCAGCAAAGCAAUCAAUGGAAGAAUCAUCGAACUGUGCAGCAUCACUACCUCAUUCUGUUUGGUGUGUGUGAAGAACAAUUUCAGCAUGAGCUAUGUGAUCACAAUGCUGCAGAACAUCAUCAAAGUAAUGGACAACCCUAAAGACAGGAUGACUUUCAUAAACAGCAUGAUGGACAUGUUCAAGGAACUCAUCCUUGACAUGCAUGAGUACACAGAAUCAGGUGAGGGACAUGAUGGUGAACUGUAUUACCUUGUCAUGGCUCUCUCAGAGUUCACAAAGAGGGUGGUCCAUCUUGCAUUCAAAAGCCUCUUAGGAUAAAUUUGUAACACUCGUUACAACACUGUGAGAAUGCUGUACCUGUGAUAUGAACUGCUACUUAAUAUUGUCGAUAUUCAGCAUUAGUGUGGAUAAUUGCCCUAAU